AAGGAGAUCUCCUUCUUUUACUCCCUGCUCCUCUCUUGCUCUUCUGCUUUGCCGUUACCGCUUCACCUCCCGUCUCCCCCAGCCACCAUGAGUCGACAGUGUUACACCUCCAGCUCUCUCCUGGGAAGACGGGGCUUUUCCUCCGCGUCCGCCGUCUGCGGCCUCGGCAGGGGCAACAGCAGCUCGGCCUCCGUCUGCCAGCCGGUGGGACGGAGAUGUGGAAUUGGUGGCUUCAGCAGCCGGAGCGUCUGCGACCUGGGGAGAGGGCAAAGGAUUUCCUUCGGUGGGAGCUGCCGCAGUGGGGUCUACGGCGGCGCUGGCGUCGGACGUUGCGGCGUGGCUUACGGCGGAGGCCGCUUUGGCGUGGGCACGGUCGUAGGGUUUGGUAACUGCGGAAGCUACGGGGGCCUGGGCAGCUACAGAGGUCUCGGGGACGGCGUGGCUAUCGGAGGCUACGGUGGCGGCAUUGGCAUCGGCCUCGGCGGAGGUAGAUCCGAAGGGAUUCGGGGCGUCAGCAUCCACCCGGAGCUCCUCAAGCCCCUCUGCGUGGGGGUCGACCCUGAGGAGUGCCAAGUGCGGACCCAUGAGAAAGAGCAAAUCAAGAAUCUCAACAACCAGUUCGCCUGCUUCAUUGACAAGGUCCGGCUGCUGGAGCAGCAGAACAAGGUGCUGACCACCAAGUGGGAGCUGCUGCAGCAGUAUGUCCUCCCAGCUUCCAGGAGAAACCUGGAGCCCGUUUUCGAGAACUUCAUCUGCAACCUGAGGAAGCAGCUGGAGUGUGUGCUGGGGGAGCGAGAGAGGCUGGAAAAUGAGGAGCGGUGCCUCAGGGACCUGGUUCAAGAGUACAAGUGCAAAUAUGAAGAUGAGAUCAACAAGCGUACAGCUGCGGAGAAUGAGUUUGUGGUCCUCAAGAAGGAUGUGGACUGUCUUUACCUGACCAAGGAGGAGCUGGAGGUGAGAGUGGGCCUUCUGCGGCAGCAGCUGGAGUUCCUGAAGUGCAUCUACGCCGAGGAGAGAGCUCAGCUGGAUUGCCAGCUGUGUGACACCUCUGUGAUCGUGCAAAUGGACAACAGCCGGGACCUGGACAUGGAGGGCAUCAUCAAAAGUGUUGAGUGCUGCUACGAGGAGAUUGCCCAGAAGAGCAAGGCUGAAGUGGAGGCUUUCUACCAAACCAGGCUGGAGGAGCUCCACAGCAGCAGGGGCAAGUUCUGUGAUGACCUGAGGAACAACCAGAGUGAGAUAGCCGAGCUGAACCGGAUGAUCCAGAAGCUGCAGUGCGAGUCGGAUAACGUGAAGAAACAGAUUGCAGCUCUGCAAACGGCCAUCUGUGAUGCUGAGCAGCGGGGCGACUGUGCCCUCAAAGAUGCCCGGCAGAAGCUGAUCGACCUGCAGACUGCACUGCAGCAAGCCAAGGACAAGAUGGCAUGUUUGCUGAGAGACUACCAGGAGCUGCUGAACGUCAAGCUGGCCCUGGACAUUGAGAUUGCCACUUACAGAACACUACUGGAAGGAGAAGAGAGCAGGAUAUGUACCGGCAACCCUGUGAGCGUAGCUGUGGUCAGCGGCGGUGGCACCGUUGGGGAGUGCCGAUCCCUAUCUGGAAUUGGAGGGAAAUGCGCCGUCAAGACAGGAGGGGCCGGUGCGGGGUUAGGGGUGGUCUCCUCCUUCGGCGUCGGCGGCGCCGGCUUUAGCACCCGGAGCGUAGAUUGCCUCCCCAGGGUUGGGGGUGGAUUUGGGGCGAGGAGCGCGGUCAGCUGUGUGGGGCGAGAAGUCAUCUCCGGUGCGGAGGGGGUGCAGUGCGCCACCGGCGUGGGCAACCUGGGGAACGUGAUGUGCGCUGGCGUGGAGCAGUGCAGCCCAGCAGCCGUCAUCAUUCCCGGGGCAGGGGUCUGUGGCACCGGGAGCAGGUACAGCACAGCUGUGCGCGUGGUCAGAACAACCCGGUAGAGACCGGAGGGCAGCAACACAACAUAUUUUAAAAUAGUCAGCAUUUCUGCAAUAAAACAGUAUUCCCCUUCCUUCUGACAGCUAUAGGGAUCACACAACCAUGCGCUGCCCAUGCCCAUGCAAUUAGGCUAGUCGCUCUGCCAAGAACUCUUUGCAUGACCAAAACCCACCUUCUCUUGCAUGUCCUUCUUGGGGAAACUUACCCCCACGGUCUCAGCCAGGUGAAAGUUUCAUUUCAGAGAGUCCACACCUGUCUUCACGCAUCAUCUUGGCUCUUAAAUCAGUCUUUUCUGCUUGACCCCUUUUCAGCAGGGAUUUUCUUUCCCUAAUGCAGCUAUUGCAAAGGGAUGAAAAAUUUGGUCAUCCCAACUUCAGAAAGAGAAGCCACAUUUUAAUUGUCCGAGAUGGAGCUGCAGCUAUUAUUUAACUUCUCUAAUGACACCAGAAAAUCCCAUUUUUCCUGUUUGCGAGAGGGUUGGUAAUGCUUAUGUAAAUUGGUCCAAGUUGCUACACCAGGUUUGGUAGAGCAGAUUUUAAUUACACACCGAUGAGCACCUUAUAUUUCUGUAGUUAAAUGCAUGCGUUGUUUUUCCUGUGUGUGUACUAGAUAAACGGAUUUAAAGCUUUUAAUGUGUAAGUGAACAGAGUUGAUUAUCCUUCGCUUACUCCAAACUUUCAGCUACCUUCAAUAAACUACAUGCAUAAUUCACA